UUCUGAAGAGACCUUUCUUCCAGGACUGAGUAUGAGAUCCAGGAUCCCCGUGCUGGCUGGAGCCUUACCAAAGCCCACCAUCAAAGCUGAUCCAGACACCCCAGUCUCUAGGGGAACACAAGUGUCCAUCUCAUGUAAGGGGAUUUCAGAUGCAUGGAAGUACCUUCUUUAUAUUCAGAAAUUUGAACAUACCCAGCCAAAGCACACACAAACCUCAACAAACCGUGGGAGAAAAGCUGUGUUCCACAUAGGCUCGGUUGGAAAGCAUGAUGGAGGCCAAUAUUUCUGUCUCUAUGAGACCACUGCUGGCUGGUCAGUGCGCAGUGACAAACUGGAGCUGAUAGUGACAGGAUUCUUUGACAAUAAACCCAGCCUAACAGCCUUGCCCAGACCUAUGGUGACCUCGGGAGAAAGUGUGACCCUCAAGUGUUUCUCACAAGAGGAAUAUGACAGAUUCAUUGUGAUCAAGGAAGGAGAACAGAAGUACUCCAUGAUCAUGCAGUCACAGAAGACAUAUUUUGGGCAGUUUCAGACCCUGUUUUCUGAGGGUACUGUGACUCCAAACAGUAGUGGAACAUUCAAAUGCUAUGGAUACUACAAGGCAAACCCACAAGUUUGGUCAGAACCCAGUGACCACCUGGAAAUAUAUGUCUCAGCAAACCAUACCUUGGCCCCUUUAAAGACACUCAUCACUCGCUGUACUGAUUCUAACUAUGAUAGAUUUGUCCUGUCCAAGGAAGGGAGAACUUACCUUUCCAGCACCAUGGGAUACACAGCCAGAAUGGGCUUUCCUAGGCUAACUACUCUGAGCCCUGUGAUAAGUUCCCAUGGGUAUCAGUUACAGAAGCAAGGGAUCACCUGGAACCAUCAGUCCAUCACAGAACAUGUCUAA